AACAGAAAUAAUCCUCCAGAUUAAAUCGCAGAUAUGCUGAACCAAACCAUUCAUUCCAAUCCCGUCUAUGCAGAAAGGUUGACGUGCAUAAUAUUUUACUGCUCACAAAAAUGCUCCUCGCAGUCAAUACAACGUUGCAAAUUCUUCUUCUUCGGAAUUUGAUGACAAACUUAGAUGUUACUGGGACCGAAAAGGAAUUGUCGGCGUACAUUGUACCUUUAAAUGACGCCCAUUACGGAAGCAAGAUAGCGACGUGUGAUCAACGCCUAAAAUAUAUCUCGGGUUUCUCAGGGUCGGCCGGGUCCGUAAUUGUCACUGGUAACUCUGCUUUACUAUGGACAGACGGUCGAUAUUUUACUCAAGCGACCAUUGAACUUGAUGGAAACUGGGAAUUAAUGAGAGACGAUAAUAGUCAAGGAGAAUUUCUAAAUCGAAACUUGACUCGAGGAUCUCUAGUUGGCGUUGACCCUUCUUUGUACUCGAAAACUGAGUGGGAAAACCUUGAAACUUUACUAAAAGUCGGAGGUCACACCUUGGUACAAGUGCAUCAGAAUUUAAUCGACCUUGCGUGGGAUACGAGACCACCUUGUCCUGCAGAACCUGUAUUUCCACUGGAAAUUAGUUUCACAGGUCGAAACACAUCGGACAAGUUAACUGACAUUAGAGCACAAAUGUUAACAGAGGCUGCUGAUGCCGUCGUUCUCUCAGAACUUGAUGAAAUUGCUUGGCUGCUUAAUUUGAGAGGAUCUGAUUUGGAUUCAUCAUCCGUCUUCAUUUCAUAUCUCAUCAUUCGAAACAACAGCUUUCAAUUUUUUAUCAAUUCUGCAAAAUUGAAUGAAACAAUCGUUUCUGGCAUUGUACGUGACAAUGGUCAAAUUCUUGCGUAUGAAGAGAUUGGAGUAAAAUUGUCUGAAUUGGUAAAUGGGACCAUGGGAAAAAUUUGGUUUAGCACUAAUUGCAACUACGCUCUGGUUAGCAGAGUUCCGGAAAAUAGGCAAAUUGUGAAAUUGACACCAAUUGCGUUGUUGAAAGCUGUGAAAAAUGAUGUCGAAGCGGAUGGUAUGCGAAUAGCUUUGAUAAAGGAUGCUGCUGCUGUGAUCAGGUACCUUGCCUGGUUGGAAGAUUCUGUGACUAAAGGAGAGAAUCAAACAGAAAUGUCAGGGGCAGCGAAACUGCUUGAGUUCCGAAAGGAAAAUGUGAACUUUUUAACCACUAGCUUCCAAACAAUUUCUGGAAGUGGUUCAAACGGAGCAAUUAUUCACUACAGACCAUCCGUAGAGACAGACAAACAAAUAACCACUUCAGAAAUGUAUCUCGUAGACUCUGGGGCAAUUUACAGAGAAGGGACGACCGAUAUAACCCGAACCAUGCACUUUGGAACCCCUACAGAUUUUCAAAGAGAAUGUUAUACUCGGGUUCUAAAGGGCCAGAUCGCCAUCGUCACCUCUACUUUCCCCUUAAAAAUUCGGGCGUCGAGGAUCGAUGCAUUUGCUAGAAGAGCUUUAUGGGCAGUUGGCUUGGAUUAUAACCACGGCACUGGGCAUGGUAUAGGUCACGCUCUUAAUGUCCACGAAGGGCCAAGCUACAUAAGAAGCUAUUAUAUGCCAGAUGAUCAAGGUUAUCGAGCAAAUAUGUUCACUUCUAAUGAACCUGGUUAUUACCGUGAAGGAGAAUUUGGCAUUCGAUUGGAAAACAUCAUCAAAGUGGUUGAAGUGCAACUUGACAACAAUUUUCAGAACCUGGGAUUUUUGGGCUUUCAGGAUUUGACUUUUGUGCCCUAUCAGCAUAAGCUUAUAAAACACGAACUGUUGACUGCUGAAGAGCUAAACUAUCUGAACGAAUAUCAGGCCAAAACAAGGCAAAUUGUUGGUGAAUUCAUCAGAACGAACUACCCCAAUGAUCCAAGUAAUGCCUGGCUCAUAAAAGAAACACCUCCGUUUUCACGGGCAUAGUAUCAACCAUAAUCUGAUUUGACAAAAAGGUGAAUAUUGAUAACUCUGUAAUACGGAGAAUGAUGAAUUAAUUAUGUUAUAAAUAAAUAAAUAAUUCAGAGAAUUUUUCCCUGAUUACGUUAAUUA